AAACGUUGGGAAUUGGACGGGGCAGCAGAGAAACGGGCUGGGGGUCGGUGGGAGGACUCGCGAUGAGCUUUCGUGUUUCCGAGCUUUAGAAUUUAAAAGCCUGACCCGGGAGGAAGUUGGCGUCUAGUUGUUAUAACAACCCGGCGGUAGGCGGGGCCAGGGCGGGGCUAACGGUCUGCAGCCCAGAAACGGACGUGGAGGCGGAGUCAGGAUUCGGAGGGACUGGGGCUGCCCUUUGGCUGGGUGAGCGGAGCUCCUCAACCUGGCAGGAUGUACCCCUUGUCUGCUGGGUGAAGGAGCUCCUGAGGACCCUUCACGGCCUGGUCCGUUGGCACCGCAUAUUCCAACAACUGAAAUCUUCUCCAAACAUACUGGGCAAUUUUCACUCCUCUGAGUUCUUAGAUGAUCUUCCCGCAGCCUGUAAUGCCUUUUCCUCCCUUAUUGCAUUGUCCUCCUGAAGAAUUUAUCAGUCUCUGGCAGUCCACUUCAUCCGAGUGAUUUUGUUGCCCUCUGAUCUGCCCUGCAGCCAGAGAACACCCCUGAUAUAUAUACCAGAUGUGUCCACAUCAUGCCGUUCCCAGGUCAUGGUGAACCAAGCUCCUGCCCCUGCUCCUGUAAGCACAGAAAAAACAAGAAACCCCCACUCACUUCUCCUGCUGCUUCCCUGGCUCCUUGGAUGAUGGUGUGCUGAGAAGCAUCCCUUCAGCCCCAACCCCCAUGACAUCCCAAGACAAAGAUGUGGGGCCGUCACUGUCCUCUCCCUGGGACGCCAUCAUGGAGGCCAUUAGGGAGCAGCUCCCAACCCUGGACUCGGAUUCUUCCUUGUCAGACUGUGAGGAAGAGGAGCUGUUCAUCUUCCAGCGAAAUCAAACUGCUCUGAUUCCAGAUUUGUCAGAGGAACUGGCUGAAGACUCUGCAGGGGCCUUGGUCACUACCUCAGGGUCUCCUCCUGAGCCAGCUGUGUGGCCUGUGGGACCCACCCCAGAUGCCUGGAGGGAGUGGACCACAGGGACCCAGGAUUCAGCCUCCCUGGAAGGAAGGGCCUGUGUUGGGCCUUUGCACUCUCUUCUCAGGAUGCCUGCGGAGACCCACGGAUUGCAGAAUCCCUGGUGGCCACAGGGAAAGUCCACCCUCUCUGCCCAGGAAGCAGGCCUGCAGACGGAGCCCCUAGGCGCUGCCUCACUGGCCCAGGAAGGCUCCGACUCUGACAGCCGCAGAGCCCUCCGGAGGGAGAGAAGGAAGAUGAUGGAGAAAGACAUACUUCACAAAGUCACCUGGGAUGCCUGGGACCCAGCCUGCUGUGACCUGACUCAAGUGAAGGAGAUGCCACCAGAGCAGCCCCGGGAGGGACUGCCGGUGCUCUCCCUCCAGCAACUUGAAGAGUGGGAUUUGGAUCAGGUCCUUCAGAGUCUGACAGGGCGAGAGGACGACCAGGGAGACGGUGCACCUGGAGCCGCGUGGUGGGCAGCCAACCACUGCCAGGGCCAAGACCACACCGAGCAGAGCACCCAGGACAGGCUCAUGGAACAGCUCGGCCUCCUGUGUGCCACGCAGUCCAGAACCUCUUCCUCUGCCCGGAGGGCGCCUGCUGAUACGCCCCAGGACAGCAAGCAGGAGGAAGCUGGAAGCAGAAGUGCUUCUAAGGGGCUGGGCAUCCACGCUGAUUUGGGCCCGAGGCUGGCGGAAGACAUGCGGCUAAGGAGCCCAGCAGAGCCUCCCACCGUCUUCAUGGAUCUGCGGCUGACGAAGCCAUCAGCCCAGGGGUCCUCGGGAAGCUCCAGCUCCCACUCCAGCUGCAGCUCCAGCUGCAUCUCCAGCUCCUCUGACAGUGAGGAGGAGGGAGAAGAGGAGACAGCAGCUCUGAGAGACCAGCGGGGCCCGGCCAGGCUACGAAGCCUAGAACACGCUGACGUGCUCUGUGACUCGGCAAGGACUGGGAGCCACAGUCCUUACUCUGAGCAUCUUCAGGAGCAGCGGACACACUCUGGCUUUCCCCUGCUCAUGUCCCGUUUCUGUGGCAACGCAUUAGGAGGUCGGCUCCACGUGGUGUUGAUGGACGUUGCUUCUCUUGUGCCACAGGGACUGUACCAGGAAGAGUCAGCUUCUCCAGCAGCUCAGGGCAUUUCGGAAGGCAACGGCUCAGCCCGAGCUGCCUGCUGGUGCCCUAAAUCCAAUGACUGUCCUUGUGAGAGGAGACGAACGCGGAGGCGCACAUGGAAGAGGCCAUGGGAGACAGAAGCAGGGCUGGAGUGAUGUGCCACAAGUCCAGGAGCACCAAGGAUGGCUGGCACCUCCAGGAGCCAGGAGAGGUGUGGGACAAAUCCUCCAUCAGAGCCUCCAGAAGAAGCCAGCCCUGCAGACACCUUGAUUUAAGACUCUGGCCUCCCAAACCAUGAGAGAAUAAAUUCCCGGUGGUGUAAGCCACCCAGAGAGUGGUCCUCUGGCCGCCCAGACGCGAACACACCUGUGGUGUCCAGCUUCCUCCCUUGGCCUGGGCACCCCAAAUGCCCCACUGAGUGUCCUCACGCUGGCCCAUGGGAACAAACGGAGUCUGAGAUGCUGGCUCCGGGACAGAAACAACUCUGGUAGCUUCCUGAAACAGCAGGCCCUGGUCCCGGGGAGGGGCGGGGGGCGUCCUGGAGACCCGGGGUUCAGGGCGGGGGCUGCUCCCGGCAGUGUGUGCGCUGGUGCUUGCGCAGGUCGGUGCCCCGGCGGAAGCCCUUGCCGCAGACCAGGCACGCGUGGGGCUUCUCGCCCGUGUGCGUCCUGCGGUGCGCGCUGAAGUGCGAGCUGUUGUUGAAGCGCUUCCCACACUCGGUGCAGGCAUACGGCCGCUCCCCGGUGUGCGUCCGGCGGUGGAUGACCAGGCUGGAGCUCUGGCUGAAGCGCUUACCGCACUCGGUGCAGGCAUAGGGCUUCUCGCCCGUGUGCACUCUCUGGUGCGUGCUGCAGUUGGAGCGGUCGCCGAAGCGCUUCCCGCACACCUGGCACUGGUAGGGCCGCUCCCCCGUGUGCGUGCGCUGGUGCUUGGUCAGGUGGGACGUCUUACUGAAGGCCUUGCCGCACUCGGGACACGUGUGCGGCUUCAGGACCCCGCGGGGCCCCGCUCUGUCCAAAGCCUGUUGGGGUCUGGUCAGGCUGGGCCCCAAACCCCGACCAUGACCCGGGAGCGCUUGGCCCCAGCCCAUUCUCAUCGGCGUGUCCUCCCCGGCGUCCUCUCCGAUCUCCACUCGCACCGCAAGCUCUGAGACAGAGAAAGCACAGUCACUGAGAGUUCCACAGGGAGGCGGAAGGGAAAGGGAUGCUUCUGCUAAGAAGGAAGGCAUGGGCCAUGGAGGGCGAUGCACAGCGAUGCCUUCAAACUCCCCCAGCAGGGAGGUGUCAGUCAGAGCCCGAUUUCAGGAACUAAAACCAUGGCCAGACACUUGCGAACAUACAACUUGGCUAAUCCUCACAUGGCCUGUGAGGUGGUGCUGUCACUGUCCAUUCACACAUAAGGACGCUGAGGCACACUGACCGCACAGGAGGGCCCACACUGACUCCCCCAGCACGGGGAAGUGUCCCUGCUGAGACACUGGCCACCCGACAUCCGGCGCGGGCCCUCCUGGUCUCCCCUCCUGUCUCCACACUCACUCUUACAGGAAGCCAAGCCUGGGCUUGAGCUCACGUUCACCUCAUCUGUACAGCAGAGAUGAUGAUGGAACCAGCGCACUGGCCUUUGGUAAGAAGUUUUAAAAAGGAAGCCUGAGUCUGGCAGUUCCUCAGAAGGACUGAGCGACUCCACACCCCUCCCAACCCCGUGGAGACCCAGAAGAGUGAGCGCUGCUGGCUGGGCAACCCUUGGGGGCAUCGGCCUCGGCCCCUACCUGGCCUGGGCUCCCCUCGCAGCCUUCCUUUGGGACUAGGUCCCCUGUUGUGCCUGCAUGCAGGGUGCCGUCCCAGCCCGAUAUGGAGCGACUCUUGCUUUCUAUACUGAGGGCUUUCUGGCCGAGCCCCAAGCUUUUCUUAAAGUCUCCCAUCUCCCCUCGCCUUUUCUUCAGGCAGGGUUAGCCUUUAUAAACGAAAGUUCACACCCACCCGAUACGCCCCAUGUGAGUAUGUUCGUAUCGCCCGCGUCGCUUUCAUGCCAGGACGGAAGAGCUGAGGAGUCUAGACAGAGACCACAUGGUCCGUAACUCCUGAACUACUUACACUACCUGGCCCCCUUCAGAGAAAGUCUGCUGGCCCUUGCCCUCGAGCUUGAACUCCACGAACACAAUCAGUGAAAUCUAAACUCAGGAGAGGGAGAGUCUAACCUGGACUUCUGCCUCCUCCUUGCAGACCCCCUCACCUGAGCCGGCGCUGCCUGAGACUCCCCUCGGCCCCAGGGCUGCACAAGCCGGGUCCUGCUGGCCUUCCCCUCGCCCCUGCUGGGCAAUCAGACAGGGCCUGGGAGCGAGGAGUCCUGCUCACGGGAAAAGAGGAGAGAGGACGUGAGUGUGGCUGGGACAGAAUGCAGACUGCAAAGGUCCUCUCAUGAGGGAAAAGGGGCAUCAGGAGGACCCAUGGGAAAGCUCGAUGCCCCGAAAGAGAGGUGGAAGAUGCUCUGCUUCUGUGCAGACUCUGUUCCCUCUGAGGGAGAAAAAGUGAGGAAACGGCCCAAGGCUCUCCCUGGUUCUGGGAGGGAAAUCCCAAUGCCCUGAGGGGUCUAGAGUUUCAUCACCAAAGAGAUGAAGUGGCCAAGAGUUACAACACAUAGGAGGCGACAGACAGACAGAAGGCCCCAGAGGUCCAGCAACAGUGAGGAUAGCAAACCAGUAUUUGAGGCAGUAAGAAGGUUUCAUCUUCAUUCAUUCCAUUUUAGUUUGAAAAAAAUGAGGAUGUAAAAGAAAGUGUGUGAUGGUUAAUUUUCUGAGCCAACUUGGCCAAGCUAUGGUGUCACUGGUCAGCCACCACUCUAGAGGCUGCUGUGCAGGUUAUCUUGCAGAUGCGAUUAACAUCUAGAAUUAGCUGACUGUAAGUAGAACAAACUACCCUCCAUAUCGGGGUGGGCCUCACCAAAUCAGUUGAAGGUCUUAAGAGUGAAACUUGGUUUCCUGGAGAAGAAAUUCUGCCUCGAGAUGGCAGCCUAGAAAUCCUGCCACCUGGCUUCCCGUAUGGAUUUCAGAAGUGCCAGCCUCCACAAUCAUGAGAGCCAAUUCCUGAAAAUAAACCUCUCUUCACACACACAA